AUGGCUAAGCACAAACCUUCUGGUAUUCGCUGUGCGCGUAAGCUGCGCGUACACCGCCGUACGCAGCGCUGGGCGCAGAAAUCCUAUAACAAGAGCCACUCUGUGACCGCCAUGAAGGCCAAUCCGCUCGGUGGUUCGUCUAUGGCUAAGGGCAUUGUGUUGGAAAAGAUUGGUAUUGAGGCCAAGCAGCCUAACUCUGCCAUUCGUAAGUCGUGUCGUGUACAGUUGAUUAAGAACUCGAAGAAAAUUGCCGCUUUUGUGCCACGUGAUGGUUGUUUGAACUAUGUGGACGAGAAUGACGAAGUGUUGAUUUCUGGUUUUGGUCGUCGUGGCCACGCUGUUGGUGAUAUCCCUGGUGUUCGUUUUAAGGUUGUCAAGGUCUCGGGUGUUUCUCUGCUCGCUUUGUACAAGGAAAAGAAGGAAAAGCCACGUUCGUAG